GGUGCGAGAGGCGACCGCGCGCGAGAAACUGGAUGCGCAGCAGGUGCUGGCGGCACUAGCGGGUUUCCCGCCAACAUGGCAAAGAUGUCGGCGCUCGUGUCGUUUCCCGCCAAGCCCCCACGGCAACCUCGCACGGCGCAGCCGAGUUUUUGUAUGGCGGUAUAAGAGAGUUUACGCCGCCGUUUUUCGCGUGGACUUUUCGCUGGAAAUUGAGCGCCGAGAUGGGGCAGUCGGACGAUAUCGAGGACUCGACCUACAGCCGGCACCAGGAUCUCUGCCAGAAGCUAAAUAUGGAUGCGGUAGCCGCGUCCGAGGCUUGGAAAUCUUACGAAACUAUACGGCAGAACUACACUCUCGAGGGUGAUCAGCUGCAUUGGAUAGGAUGUGCGCUGUAUGUAGCCUGUAGGAAGUCCUCCAUACCUACAGUGGGCAGGACCGGUGCCAAUGUGGAGGGCAAUUAUGUGUCGUUGACACGUCUACUGCAAUUGUGUAAUCUCCCGCUGAUAGAGUUCUUUAGAAAGAGCAAAUCAUGGGCAGAUAUGGCCAAUAUGCCGCAAGACUUCCGCAUCAAGAUAGAGAAGCUAGAGGGGAAUUUCUCCGUCUCUAUGGUUAUAUUUAAGAAAUACCAACCAAUAUUCACCGAUAUAUUCAAGGAUCCGAGGGAAGACGUCUCGAGACCACCUAGAUCCAGAAGACACAAGGCGGUACCCUGCACACCUGCUAGAGUCUUUGAAUUUUGUUGGACAUUGUUUAUAUACAUAAAGGGGGCAAUUCCCGAUAUCUCGGAUGAUCUUGUUAACUCUUAUCAUCUUCUGUUGGUCUGCUGUGAUCUCAUCUAUAGCAAUGCUCUGGUAGCUAAUAGGAAAGACUUGCUUAAUCCUAAUUUUCCUGGCUUGCCGGAAAAUUUUAACGACGAGGAUUACUCUCCGCCGCAGACAGCUGACUGUAUUGUCAGUUUGCUGUGCGAACGUCACGACGCGAUUCCCGUCGAAGCUAAAGUUAUAAAGGAAUAUUGUAUGAAGAAUUACAUCAACAAACUCUUCAACAGAACCUGGUAAAUCGGUGCAAACUUCUCUGGCAUAUUGGAAGCAUUGAACUUCGAUGGUAACAGCAAAGCCAUUAACAAGGCUUACGAGCAACGCGUCUUGAGCGUCGGGGAUUUUGACGAGAGAAUUUUUCUAGCAGAGUGGAGGAGAAUAAGACUGAAAAGCAUAUCGAGUUCGGGUGUAUUUGGCCAAAACGUCGCUAAGCAUGACCAGUUUGCUAAGCAUGUAAUCUUACAAGGUCACGACGCUAGCGAGAACAUCGGUUCGCCCACGCAGAUGAUGAACAUCGACGACUUUCACGAGCAGCUGCAGAUGAAAAAGGAACAGCACACUGGGCAGAUACAAUAUCUAGCACCUCCUACGCCACUGACCGGUCGCAGGUACCUUCGAUCCAAGGAUAUGUCGAAUAUAAUAACGCCAGUGUCCACGGCGACGCAGAGCGUCAUCAAGUUGCAGGCUUUGAUAGCUGGGCAGUCCGCGCCGAGUGAAGGUCUAUUACAAAUGCUCAACAAUUGCUCGCAAGACGUCAAGUCUUUAGUCGAGACGAAGGUCAAGCAACUCGGUGAGCUGUUCUGCGCGAACUAUAACAGCAACGCGAACGCCACCACGAAUGACAGCUCCAGGUCGGACUUCGGCAAGAAACGUCUUCUCAUGGGUCAGACUCUGUUCUACAAACUGUUGGAAAUGAUCUUGAACGACGAGAAGCGUAAGAAGCCGAAUUACGAUGUGACCAAUCUCCUGUCGAAUGAACUUUUUAUUCAGUGCCUGUUCGCCUGCUGCCUCGAGAUAGUUAUAUAUUCGUACAAGAGCAACGACAAGAUAUUCCCGUGGAUACUGAACGCUCUGAAUCUCGACGCUUACUACUUUUACAAGGUCAUAGAAAUUAUAGUGAGAACUGAGGAUCAGUUGUCACGGGAAGUUGUCAAGCAUUUGAAUCAAAUCGAGGAGAAGAUACUGGAGUCGCUCGCUUGGCAAAGCGACAGUCCUCUCUGGCAGACCAUCGAGUCCUUGGCGGACGGCGUGCCAAGCUGCGAGGAAGUGUCCUUACCUGGAACCUUGGAGGCAGUCGAUCCGAACACGCCUGGGCAACCUGUGCUGAGACGAAUCGCUCUGGAUCGCGGUACUCACCACGACGUUCAGCAGAGUCCAAUCUCGUCCGCUUCGGAAAGAUUUCAGUCUCCCAUCGCAGCGUCGGGCAUAGUGAAGAAGCGGCUGUUUCCCGAUAACAGAGCCACCGGCCAAAGUGUUCUACGAGUCGGGCAGAGCGUGUUGUCGUCCAAAGUCGUGAUAGACAGUAACCAAAGGAUACUGUUUGUGCCCGAUCAGAUCACGGUCUCGAAAGCAUCGGUCACGCAAGGAUUAAGCAGCGGUGUGCAAGCCGUGCAAGCGGCGAAUCGAGACGCUGCCAAGCCGAAGAGAACCGGCUCCGUCGCGCUGUUCUUCCGGAAGUUCUACAAUCUCGCUUGCGUACGUAUGCAGGAUCUGUGCAAUUCGUUGGAGAUAUCCGAGGAGGAGGACAAGAAGAAGAUCUGGACGAUCUUUGAAUACUCAAUCAAGGAGCGUACCGAGUUGAUGAAAGACCGGCACCUCGAUCAGAUAUUAAUGUGUGCAAUCUACGUAAUAUGUAAGCUCGUGAAGAUGGAGAAGAACUCGUUCACCGAGAUCAUGCGGUGUUACCGCCUACAGCCACAGGCGGAGUCGCACAUAUAUAGGUCAGUACUCAUCGAGAAGAUAUCCGUUAACGAGGCGAAAAUCCUCGCCAGCGGUAACGAGAAAUCGGAGGGCAACGGUACGAUAGCGGACAAGAACGCGACCCCGCCGACGCCGACGAACAUGAUAGGAACGUCGCAGAACUUCGACGGCGAGACACGCGGCGAUCUCAUCAAGUUCUACAACACGGUGUACGUGCCGGAAGUGAAGGAGUUCGCGAACCGAUUUGGAUCGUCGCGCGGCAGCGUCAUGAAUCUCUCGCUGAGCCCCUUGCCGAAGGGAAAGCCGCCCGCCAGUUCGCCCGUGAGACGCGUCACCAGCAGCAUUAUGACGCGCACCCUAGACCCGAAGGCUAUCAGCGCGUCGCCGGCGCCGCAAUUAAGUUAUUGCUUCAGUCGUAGCCCCGCCAAGGACUUGGAGGCCAUCAAUAAAAUGAUGAUCUCCGUAGACGCAAGGAAAGGCGUAGGUAAGCGAUUACUUUCGGACGACACUGACGUAGAAAUGACCGAGGCUACAUCUCCUACCAAAAAGACAACGACUUUCGUCGCGCGGAAGUUAGAAAAUAUUAUCGGCGAACGACGAACGCAAAAUCAAUAAGCGAAAUGUGGUAAAACAUUAAAGCUAUUCGUAACUUACGAAGACAGGAAGCACUUCUGAUCUGCUUUUCACUUGCACUCGAUUGGCUUGCGAAAGAAGAAGCUACCUACGGAAAGACUAGGUAUAAACCUAUUUCUCGGUUGUGUAGCUUGUAAACGUGAAUGAAACGUUUCUCAGGUAUAGUCAUUCUAGCAAAUCGAGAGAAGGCCCCGUCUUUCGCGUUACAUAAGAAUACUAUAAUGUUGUUUGUAAUUAUACUUAGUGUAAAGUCAGAAUUCAAUUUCCAGUAUUCUUUUCGUUGACUUUUAUCCUACCAGAGAGUAGACUAGCUUUUGUUAAUUUAUAGUUUACUGAACCAAACUGUCUUUCAACACAUCCAAACACAAAUUCCGAAUACGGAGACAUUAGGAUUACAGUGGGUGCGUUGCGCACGUAUUGACACUUUUCCGUCAAUCAUUUCGCACACGCGAUACACUCACACAUAUAUACAUACGUACACUGUUGAACGUAGUUCGUAAAACGUGAUUUCCUAAUGCAUGCAUUGUUUUUUCCUUUUUUUUUUCUUUUUCUUUUUUUAUCAUUAUUGUUGCGCAAAUUAUACGCAGCUCGGUUGUGUAAGUUUACAUAAUUUUGUCGCAACGUAUACAUAUAUAUGCGUACUAUAAGUCAAUAAAUAAAAUUAUUAAUUUAUGUACGCAUAUGUAUACUCGAAUAGGAAAUACGGAAGAGCAUAAAAAUUAAAAAAAAAAGAACGCAGUAUGGUUAAUAGCAUCAUCGUGACAGUAAAUUGUAAUUCAUAUUAUGAUAUACAAGUUGGUUCACCGUCAUCGAAAAGUAUUUCAAUGAUAGAUUCUUCGAUGAAAACGAGAUUUAUUUUUACCUAAUAUAAAAUCUAUAUCAUCUGUCAUUAAAAUAUUCUCCGGUGAAACACCUUGUAUACGAUUAAAUUUAUAAAAUAAAAGCUAAAUAAAAUAAUGGUUAAUUAUGAACAUCUCUUAUUUUCUGUUGUAAUCGAUUCUCGUUGACUACAUUUUCUCUCACAACUUAUACAACUUUAUCGAUAUUCACGAGGCGUCCUUUGGUACGUAUCUGAAAAUCACACUGGAAAUUGUUCUGGCUAUUCCAAGAGAGCGCAUUGUCAAUCCUAAAAUGAGAUAAAUUACCAUACUUUUUAUUACGAUCGAAGCCUGUAUAAUGUCUAUAGUGUAUAAUGUAAAAAGAAGUUUCAGCCACACUUGGUAAAAAGCAGUAAUACUUCUAACGAUAGAUUUAAGCUCAAAUAAAGCAACGAGUACUCGUAACAAAUACCACUUUGGUAGUAUUCAAUUUGACAUCUACUUUGAAAAAAGAAAAAAAUCAAGAAAGUAAAUAUAACAAAUCCAAGAUAAAGUUACAGCUGCAUUUAUCAGAAGCGUAUAUUCUAUCUAAAAAAGUGUUAUAAAUUAUUUUUAUCUUUUGAAAUUUAAGUUAUCUAAGAUCAAGAGAGAAAGAGAGAGAGACUAUUGGUAGGAAGUGUAAAUAUUUCUAAAUUCAACAUCAUGAUCUCAUUAAUCUGUCAUUAAUUAUCGAACAAUGUGUAUAAAAUGAAGGCUGUAAAAUUAAGGAUGAAAGACAAUUAUUGUAUUUAUCGUGUUACUCGAAGAACCUCGUUAUCGCGUUUUAUUGCUUCUAUCAAUUACAGCGAUAUUAUACGCUACUUUGCUCGAUGAUCUUUAUCGCCUGCUUUUACUGUUUAAAUUAAUUUAUAUUGUAUUAUCGAGAUACUUGAUUUAGGACUGAAUUAAGAGGAAGGAUAUAUAUACAGUUCUUGCGAGACCAUCUCUCGCUAUACAAUUUGCGUUUAUUUGCAACUACUUGUUAAAAAUAUGCAGCUUCCUUUGUGUAAUGUAAAAAGUUAUCGAUAUACAUGAUGAGAGAAUUGCUAUUAAUAUCUUUUAUGUACAUAGUACUGUAACACAGGAAAUGAACCGGCGAUACAAUAAAAGAAAUUUCAACCUUA